AUGAUCGUCAUCAGGCACAGGCUGUACCAGGCCCUGCUGGGCGGGGUCGCGAUAGUACUGGGCUUAGUAUUCCUGGGAACCAGGCUAGUUGCAUAUUAUACUCGCUGGAACGAUGACCUUGGCAUCUCCGUCUUCAAUGGCAAGCUGCCAGUGAUCCCGCAGUAUGAACAAAUCGCCGACCCGUCGCAUGGACCUUUAAUACUCGAUACCGAGAUUUCGGACCCGGUACAGGAUGCGUCAGAGAAUAUUUCGAACGAAUCUGCCUCAACAUUCACCGCAGCCCCCACGGGAUCGAGCGGGAGUUUACAAGAAUUCAGUCCCGAGUGGAAUAAUAAAAGCACAUGGCCCCAAUGGUCGAAACACCAGAAACCGACAGACUCAAGUCAAGCUACAUCGACUAAUCGCAUAUCACACGAACGACUCGAUCGACACGUUCAUUCAAUAUUGAACUUCCGAGAUGAGUGGCCAUAUCAGCGCGUUUCUUGCCCUGCCGGUAUUGCGGAUAGAUAUCAGAACUUGCGGGAUACGGAGGAUAACAGCCAAGUGCGGUACUUUUUUGCCCUAAACCCGUACGAGGCUCUCGAUGCUCUUCCGCGAUUGAUGAGCAGUGUUGUCGAGACCGUGAAAUAUUUAGGUGCCAAACACUGCGCGAUUUCGAUUGUUGAUGGUGGAUCUGAGGAUGGCACGUGGGAGGUUCUCAACGCUUUGAAACCGUUCCUGGAUAAAAUGGGUGUAAGGUACUUCCUCGCGACUAGUGGCCAUAAAAUACUGGAUGGGGAUGAUACGAGCCAGGAACCCCUUGCAAAUCUCCGCAACAAGGCGCUGCAGCCGCUGAAAGCUGAAGAGGUGGAACCUUUGCAUGCACUAGCAGGCAAGUACUCACCAAAGGCGGUGGUUGUUUUCCUAGACGAUAUCGCGAUGUGUCCCGAGGAUAUACUGGAACUUGUAUUCCAACAUGUCAAUCAGGGGGCUCAGAUGACAUGUGCUUUUGAUUGGGUUUUCAACGGGACCGUCUUCCGUGAUGUUUGGGAAUCACGGUCGCUAGCUGGGAACACCUUUUUCGAGAUCCUACCCGGUGGCUCGUUGAGCGGAAGUGACGAUAUGUUCUUCGAUGACCGACAAAAUAAGCCACGAUACAACAGUUUCCUGCCUUUGCAAGUGUACUCAUGUUGGGGCGGUAUGGUAAUAUUGAACGCCGUGGCACUUGCGGAAGACACUAUUCGAUUUCGGGCUGCAGAGCAAACAGACGCGGACUGCGACAUGGGUGAACCUAUGCUAUUGGCCAAGGAUCUGUACAGCCAAGGUCUUGGCAAGAUCUUAGCCGUGCCAUCGGUGAAUGUGGCUUAUUCUGACAAAGAAGCGACUAAGACGAAACAAAUUCGAGGCUAUGUUGGCGAUCAUGUCAACACCCUCAGUCAAAAACUGCAUGAAUUUGAAAUUGUUCAGUGGCAAACGGCACCUCCCGAUAUGAUCAAAUGCCUUGCCCAUUCUGACCAAUUGGCCUGGACUGAGUGGACCGAGUCUGCUUGA